ACUCAAAGAAAUCAUUUGCUGCCACCGCCAGAACUAGUGAUGGAGCAUGUCGUUUUUUCUCAGACGAAGUCUACAACUCACCCAACUUCUCUCUCCAAAACUCAAUUUCAAGCAUCAUACUUUCGCAACGCUACUCGACUUGAAACCAUUCAACUCGAAGCUCUCAAAUCUGAUGAAAAAUGGCCUUGUUGAUGAAGCACAGAACCUGUUCGGCGAAAUGCCCCACAGAAGCACAGUCACGUACAACGCCAUGAUUAGAGGAUAUUUUCAGAACGGGUUCUAUGAGAAGGCCGUACGUCUGUAUAAUCAAAUGCCGUCACGUGACGCGUUCUCGUAUAAUACGAUGAUAUCCGGGUUAAUGCAGCACGGAGAUGUUGAAGGGGCCGAAGAUGUAUUUGAGAAAAUGGAGUGCAGAGAUGUAGUGACGUGGAAUUCGUUAAUUUCAGGGUAUGUUGAUAAUGAUUUGGUGGGUGAUGCAGUGAGAGUGUUUGACACGAUGCCGUUGAAAGACGUAGUUUCUUGGAAUUUGGUUAUUGCGGGUUUAGUGAAGGUUCGCGAGUUCGAUAAGGCUGAGGAGUUGUUCCGAGAAAUGGUUACACGGGAUGUUGCCACCUGGACUAUUAUGAUGAAGGCGUUUCUCGAUGCCGGGAGGAUUGUUGAAUCCAGGGAAAUAUUUGAUGAUAUGCCGGUGAAGGAUAUUCAAGCUUGGAACACGAUUAUUGGCGGUUAUAUUCAAAAUAACUUCGUUGAAAUUGCAGAAGGCUUGUUUCACAAGAUGCCCGAAAAGGAUUCAAACUCGUGGAGUUUAAUGAUAGAUGUGUUUGUGAGUACCGAAAGGAUUAUCGAUGCCUUGAGGCUUUUCAACGAGGCACCUUGCAAACUCCAAAAGUCGUGGAAUUCGAUUAUUUUGGGGUUUGUCAAGAACGGUUUGGUUAGAGAAGCUCAUGCAAUUUUAGAGAAAAGCCCGUUUGGUUGUGUUGUGUCGUGGACGAAUAUCAUGAUUGGGUACUUCAAUAUGGAAGACGUCAAAAACGCGAUGCAAGUUUUUGAACUAAUGGCGACUCGUGAUACAACCGUGUGGAACGCUGCCAUAUUCGGACUCGGGGAAAAUGACCUCGCAGAGGAUGGUGUAAAGUUGGCUAUCGAAAUGAAAAAAGACGGUCUUGCCCUUGAUGAAGCUACAUUUACGAGCUUUCUCACUAUAUGUUCGAAUCUGCCGUCACUAAACCUUGGAAAGCAAAUCCACGCAGAAGCUAUCAAGGUGGGAAUCGAUGGCUUUACUGCAUUCGGCAAUGCGUUGAUUACCAUGUAUUUUCGGUGUGGUAAUAUGGACUCUGCGUUGCUCGAGUUCAAUAUCAUGGCCCGCCAUGACAUCAUUUCUUGGAACUCGAUAAUAUGCGGAUUGGCCCACCAUGGGCACGGUGAAAAAGCUAUAGAGAUGUUUGAAAAGAUGAGAUUAUCGAGUGUGAAGCCUAAUCAAAUAACUUUCGUUGGAGUCCUUUCUGCGUGUAGCCACGGAGGACUCGUGGCACAUGGAAAACAUUUCUUCGAUGUUAUGCGGAAGGAAUAUUCCAUUCGGUUGACAAACGAGCAUUAUACGUGCAUGGUUGAUUUAUUGGGAAAAUUCGGACUUAUUGACGAAGCGAUGAGUGUUAUGAAUCGAAUGAGUGUCGAUGGAGUGGAAAUCGAAGCUAGUGUUUGGGGAGCCCUGCUUGGAGCAUGUAGAGUGCACAAGAAUUUACCGGGUGCUGAAAUUGCCGGAGAGAAGAUUUUGGAGCUGGAGCCGUUUAAUUCGGGGGUGUAUUUGAUUCUUGCGGAAAUAUAUUUGGCGCAUGGGAGGAGAGAGAACGCGUAUAGUAUGUGGGUUCGUAUGAAAGAGAAGGGCGUGAAGAAACAGCCUGGCUGUAGUUGGAUUGAGUCGAAUGUUGGUGGUGGGAAAGUGUUUUUAGCUGGGGAUAAAACGCACCCCGAGUUUAAAAGUAUCUCGUGUGCGUUGGACUUGAUUUAUCUGGAGAUGGAAUCUCGGAAUACGAAAUUGAGUGUUUCUUUCUCCGAUGAAUAUAUUGAAGGGGUAUAUUGAUAUUGUCGAUGAUGCAUUCCGAGAUGCAGCCUCCGUCUUCGGUCGGAACAAUCUUAAUAUGAUAAGUGACCGAUUCGACAACUCCCAUUAAAGCAUCUCCUUCAAUAAUGC